UUUAUAUGUGAAAAAGAAAGCAAAUUAAAAUAAAAACAGCAACGUUAGCUGAAGCUCGUUGAGUUCAUAGAGUGCAUAGAACUACUAAAAAAUUAAAAACAAUAUUAAUUAAACAGCAGUUGUCAUCAACCAAUUGCGUGCUUCACUGUUACGGCAAAAGGAAAGCGCAAAUGAAAAAAUAUAUACACACAGCCAGAGGCAGCAGAAGCAGCAGCAGCGUAGCAUCGCAACAAGGCAAUGGCGAAGGCGGCGCAUGCUCGAGGGGAGCUUCUAUCCUAAAAUCGCGCAGUUUGUGAAGCGAAUAUUAAAUUAAGCAACAACAAGGAACGAUCAGAAAGCAAACGCAACCGCAACCGCGCCCUGGAAUUGUUUUUAAUUGAAUCUUGAAGACAACCAAGUUUAUAAUACACAAAGCAUACAUAAAUGGUUUCUACUUUCAUUGGCCUAUUGGACAUACAAUCAUGGUGGGAGAUACCGUGUAUUUCGCAUUUCUGUUCAUUGUUUAGUUCCGCCUUCGAUUUGCCAGACAUAGAUAUUGAGGACCUCGAAUCGGCGCUGCUCUCCGAUGGUACCAGCGAUGAGGAUCAAGUUGCCUUAGUGCCCGAAUUGAUUGUACGCCUUCUAACCGGCUGCGAUGCGCUACAGUCGGUAGCCAAUGAGAUUACACAUAGCAAUUAUCAAAUGUUUUUGCGCCGAUUCCUGCGCCAACAGUGUCGCCUGCAUCAGACAGAGAAUCACUUUGAUACGGACAUAGAUUUUCAAUCGCUGCCCGUUCGCAAGCGUCUACAAAUUCUGCACGAUUUAUGUCACUUUCGCCUGGACUCUGUCGAUGUGCAGGUCAUACUCAGUAAUCUAGAGGCGGACAGUUUGCGCGUUGAGCCGCUCGGCUACGACGCUAAAAAUUCGGGCUAUUGGUAUUUCUACGGCACGCGACUCUACCGCGAGGACAAGCCUACAUCGGCCGCAGCUUCCGGUUCAAGCAAAACAUCAGCAGCAGCUGGAGGAUCCGCUGGCUCCAGUGCGAAUACAACUUUAGGCAGCAAUAGCACUGUCUGGCAGGUGAUUUGCUUCACCGAAGAGGAUUGGCAGAAUUUGGCGGCCAAAUUUAAGACCUCAACGAAUGGUAAAGAACGUGAACUCUUCCAAAUACUGGAUGAGAACUUUCUGCCCAAGCUGCCACAGCUGUUUCGCGAGCGUGAACGUUUGAGACGCAGAAAACUGCUGCAAGUGCGAAACUCCAGUCGCAUACGUAAUCUAGCCGAGUUGAAGGCGCGCCAGGAAGAGGAGUUGAAGGCGCGCCAAGAAGAGGAGCGUAAGCGUGAGCGGGAGCGAGAACGUGAACGUCGCGAGCGACAAUAUUCAGCGAGUUUGGCGCCGCCCGCGGCGCAGCAACGCUCACGCAGACGACAACAACAACAGCCAGAACUAUCAAGCACACGCACACAUCGCAGCUCUCAAUCGACAUCAACAGCUAGUGGUAUUUCAACUUACGCAAGCUCCCUCAGACGUACAACAACAACUAAUUCGAGCGAAUUUCUGUGCCACAGGGAAACCUUCUGCUUGUCGCCCGAAGAGGAUGAUCAAAACGACGACGAGGAGUCGACACAAGAGCAGCAGCAGCAACAACAACUAGCGGAACAGCAAAAGCAACAGCUCGAGCAGCAGCAACAACAACAAUUUGAAGAGCAACAACAACUCGAGCAGCAUCAGCAUUUAGGCUCUGUAACAGCAGCUGGCGAUAAGUUUCGUACGCCGCCACCGCCGCCGAGAGAAAAAUCGCAAACGCCAGCGAAAUUGAAGAACAAGAGCCAUCAUCAUCAUCACCAUCACCAUCAUCACAAGAAGAAGAAGUCAGGAAAAAAGCAAAAGAAACGCUCACGCGAGCGUCGCGAUCGUGACAGAGAUCGUGGUGAUCGGGAUCAACAACAUUAUCAUCAUCAUCGGCGGCGACACAAGCAUGCGUCUGAGACAGACGAAGAAGACACGUACAACAACAAUAACAACAACAACAAUAGCAACAGCAAUAGCAACAGCAGCAGCAGCAACCACACAACAGGUGGACGCAGCCACAAGCGACGCCAUAGUCGCCAUCACCAGCAGCAGCAGCAGCAACAUCAGCUGCCGCCGCAGAGUCCAGAGACUCCUUCACUGAGCCCGGAGGAUAAGGAGAACUUUUGCCGUCAGCUGCAAUUGCUGGAUUCAAACUCGGCGGCCAUUGCGGUCGCCACAAGCAUUGCAAAUCUAAGUCUGCCCUCGCCCGUCGCGCAUGACAGCGAGGAGCAGCAGCAACAGCAGCCAGAGCCAGCACAGCCCGCACAGCCGCCAGUGCCAGCUGUUAAGCGCGAGGAGCAGAUGGCGCCAGCGGCCAAUGUUAAGUUGCCCGGCAGGCAAACAAACAAUUCACUUAGUUCCCUAACGGGCAAUAUAUUUAUACCAACGGGCGCGCAGCAGCAACAGCAACAGCAGCAGCAACAACAUAGCAGCAGCAUCAGUAACAACAACUCCACCUCUUCUUCCUCUGGCGAGGCGACGGCACGCUCUAAGAAACAAAAGAGCGCAGUUGGCGCCAGCUCCGGCAACUCCUCCAAAGCGGAACGUAAAUCGGAGGCGCCAACGAAAAGCAAAAAGUCAACAGCCACGGGAACGCCAUCGUCGGCUGCCUCUACUGCCUCCUCAUCCAGUAAGGCGGAACGCAUUAGCAACGCCUACUCUGACAAAAGUGCCGAUGACCAUGUAAAUAGUACCAACCGUAGCAACAGCAGCUUUAACAACAACAACAACAACAACAACCACCACCACCACUACCACCAUAAGCACGCGUCGCACCACAAUCACAACAUCAACAACAACAAUCACAACCACUCAACGUCGGAAGCAGCAACCGCAACAAAAAUAACAACGCCGCACGGAGCCCAAACACCAUCACACAACACCACCAACCACACGCACCAUCCCAACUCCACCCACCACCCACAUAGUCAUAUAAACAGUAAUAAACAUAAGUCUCAUUCCUCGACAACAAACAUAACACAACAACAACACAUAACAAAUGUAACCAGACCCAUAACACAUCAUCUAACAAACACCACCAUCACAACAACAACAACGACAACAACCACAUCAUCAGCGAAAGCAAACAACAAUUCAACGUACAACUCCUCAAAUCAUGCGAAUAUUCUUAGCUUUACCGAAACGGAGGAGGUGCUACAAAUCGGAAUGCAUAAAGUACUUGUCUAUGUGAAGAAUCACCGGGAUGCAUGGCCCUUCAUGGAUCCCGUUGAAGAGGAUAUUGCACCGCGAUAUUAUUCAAUUAUCAGAAGACCCAUGGACCUGCUCAAGAUGGAGGACAAACUGGACAGUGGAAAGUAUCACAAGUUUAGCGAAUUUCGCAACGAUUUUCGCUUGAUAGUUAACAAUUGUCGACUGUACAAUGGUCAAAACAAUGAGUAUACGGAAAUGGUGAACAAUCUGCAGGACGCUUUCGACAAGGCAACCAAAAAAUAUUUCGAUAAUCUCUCUGAAGACGACGAUGAUGAUCCGAAUUUAAGUUAUCCCGCCGCAGACUCAAAAAUGAAUGUAUUUCGCGAAAAGUACUUCAACAAGAAAGUAAAAGGUGAAGAGGAAAAGGAGUCCUCAGCGAACUCGACGUCGAGCAAACGAUUACAGGACACCAGUGCCGAAGAGGAGGAGCACAGUGAAACAGAGGAGCCUGCAACGGAAAUGACAAUACAUGCGCAGAAACGUAAACGCAAGGAGAAGGAUAAACGGCGUAAAAAGAAAACUAAAACCAAAACCGAAAGAGGCAUUGGUCACGCAGAAGAUGUGGACACGGAUGAAGAGGACUUGCAACCGGAGCCGCCACCGCCGCCGCGUGUAAUAAAGAAGAGUAAAAGUAACAAAGUACUUAAAGAAAAAGACAAAGACAAGGACAAGGACAGGGAAAAGGAAAAAGAGCUGGCUACCUCGAGUAAACGUGGACGCAAAGCCAAAGGCAGCAAGUCUUCGCAGUCAACACCGGCCAACAGUUCCUCAAAGCCCACUACCAAAACACAAAAGACCAAAAAAGCGGGUAAAAAGUCAACGCCCGAAACGGAAACGGAAUCGGAGGUUAGUGAUCCACCACCGUCUGAGCCCGAAUCGAGCGACGAUGAAGAAUUGGCUCUGGCGAAAGUCAAAUCGCUAGUGAAACCCACAGCGCGCACGAUAGCUGCACAAAAGAAGAAAAUGGUGCCCGCCGAGUCGAAGGUGAAGACACCAACGCCUGUUAAGCGGCAGCUGAAGAGCAAGAAGGGAGGACGUGGCCGUGGCAAAGGCGAGCGGGAGCUGGAUGACCUGGACGAUGAUAGUCCGCUAUUUGAUAAGAAGCAAUUGCCGCCAACAGCAGCAGCAGCGCUAGCAGAAUCCGCUGCAGAGCUGGAGGAGGACGAUGACGAACUUGAUAAUGACGACAAUGCGGAUGCAGAUGAUGAUGAUGACGACGACGAUGAUGUCUCACGGUCGCGCAGCAUGUCGCCUUUCAAAGUGGAUUUACACAAGAAAUACUCAAAGAGCGCGCUUAACGAUGAUCUCUCCGAGCUGCUGACGACUGUUAAAAAGGUGAGCAGUGUCGAGACCUCCAAGCUGAGCGCACGUCACGAGGGUGACAAAUCCGAUCAGGACUCUGAAUCUGAUUUUAUGUCGUUGGCCAGCUGCAACAGUAGCUCCGAUGAGCGGCGACGUCGACCCUCGCCAGUGGCCACUAAGCGGGGUAAGAAAACAGAUGUAAAAAAGGAAAAAGAGAAAGAGAAGGAACGGGAGAAGGAGAAAGAGAAAGACAAGAAGAGCUCACAACACAAAGAAAAGGAUAAGGAUAAAGACAAAGAUAAGCAUAAGGAUAAGGAAAAGUCACGAAGUGCCAAGCACAAGAAGAGCUCCGCAGAAGCAGCGGCUGCAGCAGCCGCAGCUGCCGAGCAGGCGGAACUGGAGAUGUUGCUGCCCUUCAUGGACAAAUACGACGUGAUCAAGUAUCGACGCAGUCGUGCAGCACAAAGCAAUUCCAGUGCAUCCAAUUCUGUGGCGCCCUCCGAGGACUCCAAAUCAACGAGUAUCAAGAGCAACAGCAACUCCAAGAAGAAGCGAGAAAAUACAACAGAGCCGGCAGCGGAUCAUAAGCGUGGUCGCAAAAGCAAAGAGCCAAAGCAUGCCAAGGAAUCCAGCAGCAGCGCAGAGAAGCUAAUCAAGCUGGAGAAACCAGAGAAGGAGAAGGAAAAGGAAAAAGAGGAGAAGCCCGUGGAAAAACAGCCGAAGAAAGCAGAGACACCAAAAAACGUUGACAAGCCGCUGCUGCGGGAAUUGACGCCACCGCCGGCGUUGGCCAAAACCUCAACACCGCCAAUAGCAAUUGUUAAGACAGAGCCGGCCACCAAGGAUAUAGCCAAGUCGGCUAGCAACAAUAGUGCCGCCAGCGUCAAGGCCAAAGAUUCCAGCGCCAAAGCCAGCAGCAAAAAGCGAGCGGACAAGCAAAUGCCACCGCCGCCAAAGCCAGCAGAAAAGUCUGCUGAAAAGGGCAAUAAAAAGCUGACGGGCAAAAAAGCAGCUGCAGCGGCUCAAAAAGCCACGGCCAACAGCAACGCGAAUCUGGAGGCGCUGGAUGUGGAAACGGAGCAAACGUUGAAGGACAUCAAUCGUUGGCUGGAACAUACGCCGCGCUUCUCUGAGUUUAGCUCUGCAAGCAAUUCACCUUCGCGUUACAAUUUGCUGGAUGACUUUGAUUCGAGCAUUGGCACCAAACUUGAUGCGGCAGACUUUAGGCGACCCGUUGCUCUGGCUGCGCCCAAGGCGGAACUAGUGCCCACAAAGCUGGCCGAAGCGCUUAAUGAGCUGGUCAGCGAAACGACGCCCAAGCAAAGCAUAAAAACCGAAUCCGAUGUGCUUCCCACGGCGAGCAGCGUGAGUAGCAGCUGCGGUACACCACCGCAUUCAAUGCACUCGGGUAACUCCAUUGGCAGUACCUCGGCUACAGCGGCUAGCUCUACCUCGGCGUCCUCCAACAACUCUUCAGCAAUAACGCCGCAGGCAGCAGCGCCAGCGGUUCCUUCCACAACCGGACCAGCAGCAGUUGUAGCAACAGCAACGUCGGCACCACUCAAGCCCGUCAAGGAGCCGAGCAGCACACAGCUGCUUCUUAAUCCUCCACCGCCACCGCACAUCAAGCAACAGAUGGCCAAGGAGGCGAAACGCAAAUCGCUCAAAGAAAAACAAGCGGCAACGGCGCAGGCUCAGCAGGCCAAGGCCAAGGCGAAUGUGAUGCGAACUAUUGAGAGAUUGCAGCCGGGUAAGGCCAAGGGAAAUCUCAUACAGAACGUGGCCAAGACGGAGGAGCUGGAAACGCUACUCAGUCCUGUGGUCAGCAAGAUAAAAGAAUCGAAAAAUGCGCUUACCUCGGAGAGCAGCGAUGGAGCACCAAAGCUUAGUCUGGGCACGGUGAUCACGACCCAAGAUUUUGCGCUAGGCAAAACACUCGAGGAGCUGGCGAACAAGAAGGAGCACGAACAGCAGCCCAAAGAGAACAGUAGCUGCGGCAGUCCGGAGGAGUCAGCUUCAGCAACAACGCCCACCAAAGAGCCACCCAAGCCGUUCGAAGCGCUGCUCGAGCUGAGCAAAGUCAGCGAAUUGACUUCCAAAGCAGCCUCAGCCGAGGCCAAGGAGAAGCCCAAUUUGAGUGCGUGGCUCAAAGCUUUUGGCGGUCCGAAGGUCAACAAGAAGUCCAGCGAGGAUGAGAAGCAGCCAACGUCGUUGUCGAUCGCACAGGAUGACGCCCGGGUGGCGCCACCCGCCCACUCGCCAGCUGCUGGCGAUCCGACCAACAACUUUUCGCUGCCUGUUGUGAUGCGACAGCGCAAGCCCAGCACGGGUAGCAGCAAUUCGGAGCGCAGCUCCUUCAGUCAGGAUCCUGAUUCGCCGCGCAUAGCCAUCGAUGAGCGUUAUGGUUCCUAUGCGGCUGGCUCGUAUACAUCGCCUAUUUGCGCCUCACCUAUUGGCGCCUCACCCAUCAUGGUGUCACCGAAGCCAAAUGACGAUAUGGGCAAGCCAGCAUCUCCAUAUACUCUCAACGGAGCCAUAAAGGUGGGCUUCUAUCAGGACACCACCACCAAGAGUAGUCCAGAUAAGAGCUGUAGUCCGCGGGAGAUGAAUUCCCCGUAUCCACAAUAUUCGCAGCAUAUUUACUCUUCGGCUUCCUCGCCAAAUGUUUCAACGCCGGAGCUGAGCGGCACUUCGCCCUACGGUGGGGGCAAUAGCUAUAAUCCGUCUGGCUCAGAGGCGUCGAAGACACCAGCCUAUUCUUCCACAUCGCCGUUGCCCAUUUAUGAUCAAUACAAACAGCCGCGAUCGCAGGAAUCCGAUUAUAACUCUUCAAUGAGUCCCAGCACGCCCAAUCCGCAUUCACCCUAUCAGCAGCCACAGAGUUCGCCUUACACCACUCCUCACUCCACGCAGCCUUCCCCUUACCAUGGCCAGUCGCCAUAUCAUCAGCCGCAAUCGCAACAACAGCAGCCGGCGCAACAGCAGCCACAGCAGCAGCAGCAGCCUUCGCACAGUCCCAAUGCCCAGCAGCAGCAGGCGCUGAGCCCAAUGCCCAGCAGCGUGGAUUCGCCCGCCUCCUCGGCUGCCACACAGCCACCCACGCCGCUGGCCCAAUCUCCGGCCGAGCAACAACAUUCACCUUAUCAACAGCCUGUGCUAUCGCCCUACCAGCAACAGGUGGCACCGCCUGCGCCGCCAGUGGUUCAACCGCCUGCGCCAGCACCAGUUGCACUCCCUACGGCACAUUUACCAGCAACUAUGGGCAACAGUGGGUAUGGGCCAACACAUGACAGCUAUCAGCAGCAACAGCAGCAGCAACAGCAGCAACAACACGCCUUGUAUAAUCCAGCAACGCUGAUCAAUCCGCUACCAGCUGCUGCUGCUACAGCGACGCCUGUGGCUAAGCCAAAUAAUAACGAAUGGAGCCUGGGUCACAGUCUACUUCCGCCUAACCUGACUGCGACUCAGCAGCAACAACAGCAACAGCAACAUCAGAGUCAACAGCAGCACCAUCAGGCAUUGGCUCAUCAGCAGCAGCAGAUGCAUGGAAUGAAGCCCAAGUAUCCGACAUAUGCACAAUAUCAAUCGACAAAUGCGGCAGCCAAUGCAGCAGCAGCAGCGGAUGCUGUUGACAAUCAACAGCAACAGCAACAGCAGCAGCAGCAGAAAAUUGUACCACCUAGUUAUGGCAGUGAUAUGGCCACCUUUAUGCAACAUCAAAUGCAGCAGCCAGCCAAAACGGAGACAUUAAUAAAUCCGUUAAAGCGUUCCAAUGAGGAUUAUAGAGAUGUUGCUGCCAGCAAACUGGCCAAGCUGGAUGAGAAUCAUCAGCAACAAUUGCAUACAGCCACACAACAACAACAGCAGCAGCAACAACAACAGCAGCACCAGCAACAACAACAGCAGCAGCAGCAGCAGCAGCAACAGCAACAGCAACAGCAACAACAGCAACAACAACAGCAGCAACAACAACAGCAGCAACAACAGCAGCAGCAAUCGCAGCCUCAAACAUUGCUCAACAAGCAACAGCAAAUGUUUAAUAGCUUCCUAGGUUCCAUGACCUUUGGCAAGCAGCUGGGCCCUAUAGCGCCGGAUAAGGCAUUUGAAAUGUAUAAUCGAGCGGCGGCAAUGGGUUUUCCCAAAGAUUUUGCUAAAGACAGCAACGCCUGCAACAUGCAGCAGCAGCAGCAGCAACAGCAACAGCAACAGCAACAGGUAGCGGCUAAUAAGCAACAGAAUAGUCAGCAGCAGCCACAGUCACAACCACAGCCGCAUUUAACUCAGCUGCAGCCGUCGCGUACUCUAACCUAUCAGGAACAUCAUCAGCAGCAACAACAACAACAACAGCAACAGCAGCAGCAAAAGCUGCAGCAACAACAACAGCAGCAGCAGCAAGCGCACAAUGCGUAUCAGCAGCAGGCGCAGCAGCUGAAUCACAACUAUGCACCAGCAACAGCUGCAGCUGCUGCUGCAGCGCAACAACCAACAACUGGCAAGCCCACAUCAACAACACAAUCCGCCGUUACGACCAACAACGACAACAGCAACAUGUUGCACUUGUCCGCAACUGCACAUCAGCAUCAUCUCAGUCAGACGCAUCAUUUGGCUGCCUACAACAAGCCCACGCCUCCACCACCACAAACCUACAACAAUCCGCUGAUGCACACGCUAGCGGAGUCCAUGCUCGGCUAUCCUGUCAACUACUUUGACAAGAAUAUGCCGCCAGCAGCUCAUAUGUACAGUGCAUCCAGUGCUGCUACAGCGUAUGGCAAUCCCGCUCAGCAGCUGCCUGGCAACUAUGUGCCUGGUAGCAAUAGUGCCGCACAGCCUACGCCACAGCAGCAACAGCAGCAUCAUCAACAACAGCAACAACAACAACAACAACAGGCUGCAGCAGCAACUGUCGAGGUUAAGGCUCCUGCCAAACGUGGACGCAAGAAGAAGGCAACGACAGUGGCAGCAGAGGCAAACACUAAGCAACAGCAGCAGCAGCAGCAACAACAACAACAACAGCAGCAACAGCAGCAACAACAGCAGCAGCAGCAACAACAACAGCAGCAACAGCAGCAGCAGCAACAGCAGCAGCAGCAACAGCAGCAGCAGCAGCAACAACAGCAACACAACCAGCAGUCAAUGUCACAGUACAACAUGCCACAAAUGCCUGCAGCGGCUGCCAGCUCUGCAGCCCAUCAGCUGCAGGCGCACGCUCAGGUGCUGCAUCAAGGCUUUCAACUGUACGCGGGUCUCAAAUCCGGCGGCGUUUCUUCGCCUGCUGCUGGUACGUCGUCAUCCGCAACAGCAGCAGCUGCAGCCGCCGCAGCUGCAGCCGCCGCAGCUGCAGCAGCUGCGGCCGCUGCUUCAGCGAGCAGCGCCUCGGCCAAUCAAACGGCGGCCGAUGCGGCAGCCAUCUCGCUGAAGACCGCCAGUGGCGGCGCCGGCAUGGUACCCGGCAGUGCGUUCAACUUUGCGCCCACGCCCAGUGCGUUGGGUCUGUACGGGGAUCAGACAGCGGCAGCAGCUGCUAGCAGCUACUUAGAUCAGUUCCGCGAUGCUGCACCUAAUCCAUAUUAUAUGCCACCCGCGCCGGCGCACAGUGGAGCCACAGCAAAUGCAGCGGGCAAUGCGGCAGAUAAAACACAAAAUCCAUUAAGUACGGCAGCUGGUUCCUAUCCCUUUCUGGCUGCAGCGCAUCCAUCAACACGAGCAGCUGCUGCAGCUGCGGCCUAUCCAUUCGCUGCCUCCCAACUGGAUCCCAAUUCGCAGCUGUAUCAGCAAUAUCUGCGCCGCGAUGAUUUCCAUGCACGCAUGAUCUUUAAUCAGAGUCUGCUAGGUGGCCCGGCUGCUGCGGCCGCUGCGGCAGGCUACGGUCAGCCGCCGCCGCCUCCAGCUGGCUAUCGUCCCUCUGCACUGGGCACCAAGCCAUAUGAUAUUAGGCAAUCAUGGUUUUAGCAGUACGCCAGUGCCGCCAAUGUGGAUCUGCAGGGCGAUGACCUGAAUGCGGCAACAGCAACGGCGGC